UCCUGCUAGGAACACCCGAGUUGGUCACGAAAUACACACCGACAACACUUCAUCACUCAGUUCUCCCAAACGAGCUUGCUUCCCGGCUCUUUUAUGUUAUGCUCGAUGAAGCCAAAUACUGGAAGACGUCAAAAUGACCCAAACAAUAACAUGGACGAAGCCGCCAAGUACUGGUACAAUGGCCAAGUGACUCAAACUCCAAAAGCAUUUCCUGGGGAGAUGGAAGAAGCUCUCUCACGCAUCGAGGAAUUGGUUAAUGAACAAAUUUCGAAGCGGAAACGGUUUCCCUUUGAAUGGGCAGGUUCCCCCAAAGCUUGGCGUGCCAAUGUUGCCGCGUCCAACUGCUACCGCGGGUCCAAAGAGGGUGUUGGUCCACAUUCUGACCGCCUAACUUAUCUCGGGCCGUAUCCGACCAUAGCUUCGCUGUCGCUAGGAACAACAAGAACCUUCCGUCUUCGUGAGGUUAUACCGGCUGCAAACAAAGAGAAACGUCAAGCGCAAACAUUCGAUAUACCCCUACCCCAUAACUCUUUGUUGAUAAUGCAUCCCCCCACUCAAGAAUUCUUCAAACACUCGAUCCCCACGGUCAAAUCAAUUGACACCUUUCGACCAAACCACCCCAGAAUUCUAGGAGAGGACACCCGGAAGUACAAUGAGCGUAUCAAUAUUACAUUCCGAUUCUAUCGACCAGAUUUUCAACCAACCUUCAUUCCUCGGUGUCAUUGCGAAGGCAACAUACCAAUGACCCUCAAGUCAAAUCAGAAAAGGAGAGGAGAGGACGCAUCGUUCUUCUGGCAAUGCCAAGCUGGAGCGCAAAAUGAGGGCAAAACUUGCUAUUAUUGGAAGGAGAUGGAUAUGGAGGCCGAAGGGAGAGGACCGUGUAUCAAGGACAUCCCGACGUGAUGUGAGAUGGGCAUGACGGUGUAUUUUACUCUUUUCAUCGCAUUUCGCUGUUGUGGCUUGAGGGCUGUGGAAUCAAAGAUUACGGCAACCUCACAUCGCAACCGC